UCUCCAAUAUGUGAGAGAAAAUAUCUUCACUGCCUCUGCUGGCAGUAGACAUCAACAGGGUGUGCCCAAUGUUCUCAUUCUGCUCAGGGGAUCCAGGUCAACAGAUAAUGUUGAUCAACCGGCCUCUGCCCUGAAGGAGAGCGGAGUCUUAAUUUUUGCUGUUGGCCCCAGGAAUUUGAGCAGUGAAAUUCAGAGAAUUGCCAAUGGUCCUUCCUAUGCUCAGACUGUUUCUGAGCUCUCUGACCUAGCCAGUGUCCAGCAGCAAUUUUACACCUCUCUCAGCAGUGCACUUCUGGACGUAAUUCCAUUGAUACCUACAGUGAUCGUUGACCAAAGAACUGACCGGCGAGAUGUCGUAUUCCUUCUGGAUGGUUCAGAUGGCACUAGGAAUCAUUUCACAUCAAUGCUUGAUUUCGUUCAAAGCAUGGUGGAGAGAUUAAAUGUGUCAGAGGGGGGAGACCAUGUCUCUGUAGUCCAAUUCAGCAGAGAUCCAGAGGUGCAUUUCUAUCUCAACACAUACACAACAAAGGAGAGCAUUCUCAACACCGUUAGAGGUCUGAGGCACAAAGGAGGGAGACCUCUCAACACAGGAACGGCUCUCCAGUAUGUAAGGGACAGCGUUUUCAGCAUCUCUUCUGGAAGUAGACGUUUACAGGGUGUUCCUCAGGUAUUGAUUUUGUUGAGUGGAGGAAGGUCAUUUGAUAACGUUGACGUGCCAGCCACUUCCCUGAAAGAGCUUGGGGUCUUGAUCUUUUCUGUGGGAUCAGUAGGCUCAGAUAGCAUUGAAUUGCAGAAGAUCUCAAAUGACCCUAGUUCCACACUAUCAGUGACAGACUUUACUUACCUCCCCAAUGUACAAGAGCGGCUUCUCUCCAUCAUUAACACUGCACUUAUAGGAGCCACAAGUAUCUCUCCAACAACUAUAGUUGAGGCUCGUGUACCAAGGAGAGAUGUUGUUUUCCUUCUGGAUGGGUCAGAUGGCAAUAGAAAUGGGUUCCCGGCAAUGAUAGACUUUGUUCAACGAGUGGUGGAGAGGUUGAACGUAGGUGAGAACAAAGACCGCGUUUCUGUAGUCCAGUUCAGCAGAGAUGCCGAAAUCCAUUUCUAUCUUGAGACAUACUCAACAAAGGAGGACAUCCUUGGCAAAGUCGGAGUUUUGAGGCACAAAGGAGGAAGGCCCCUAAACACAGGGGCAGCUCUACAGUAUGUCAGAGACAACGUAUUUACUGCCUCCUCGGGUAGCAGACGACUGGAGGGUGUACCACAGAUGCUGAUCCUGUUGAGUGCCGGAAGGUCAUUUGACAAUGUCGAUAUCCCAGCUUCGGCGCUGAGGGAUCUGGGAAUCUUGAUUUUUGGAAUAGGCUCAAGGGACUCUGAUAGCAAUGAACUGGAGAGAAUUUCGUUUGACCCCAGUUUUGCUCUGACUGUGUCAGAUUUCACUGAGCUCUCAAAUGUCCAAGAGCAACUUCUGACUUCUAUAGAGGCUGUGGCAGUUCCCAUCACUCCACCCUCCCCACCUUCUCAUGUUGAUUAUGAGCUUCCCAGAAAGGAUGUGGUCUUCCUGCUGGAUGGUUCAGAUGGGACUAGGAAUGGAUUCCCUGCCAUGCUUGACUUUGUACAAAGAGUAGUGGAAAAAUUAAACUUUGAGGACAGCAUGGACCAUGUUUCAGUGGUGCAAUACAGUACAAGUGCUGAGGUGCAUUUCUAUCUGAAUAGCUAUUCAACAAAAGAUGAAAUCCUCAAUGCCAUCAGCACUGUAAAGCACAAAGGCGGGAGACGUGUCAACACAGGGUCUGCUCUCCAAUAUGUGAGAGAAAAUAUCUUCACUGCCUCUGCUGGCAGUAGACAUCAACAGGGUGUGCCCAAUGUUCUCAUUCUGCUCAGGGGAUCCAGGUCAACAGAUAAUGUUGAUCAACCGGCCUCUGCCCUGAAGGAGAGCGGAGUCUUAAUUUUUGCUGUUGGCCCCAGGAAUUUGAGCAGUGAAAUUCAGAGAAUUGCCAAUGGUCCUUCCUAUGCUCAGACUGUUUCUGAGCUCUCUGACCUAGCCAGUGUCCAGCAGCAAUUUUACACCUCUCUCAGCAGUGCACUUCUGGACGUAAUUCCAUUGAUACCUACAGUGAUCGUUGACCAAAGAACUGACCGGCGAGAUGUCGUAUUCCUUCUGGAUGGUUCAGAUGGCACUAGGAAUCAUUUCACAUCAAUGCUUGAUUUCGUUCAAAGCAUGGUGGAGAGAUUAAAUGUGUCAGAGGGGGGAGACCAUGUCUCUGUAGUCCAAUUCAGCAGAGAUCCAGAGGUGCAUUUCUAUCUCAACACAUACACAACAAAGGAGAGCAUUCUCAACACCGUUAGAGGUCUGAGGCACAAAGGAGGGAGACCUCUCAACACAGGAACGGCUCUCCAGUAUGUAAGGGACAGCGUUUUCAGCAUCUCUUCUGGAAGUAGACGUUUACAGGGUGUUCCUCAGGUAUUGAUUUUGUUGAGUGGAGGAAGGUCAUUUGAUAACGUUGACGUGCCAGCCACUUCCCUGAAAGAGCUUGGGGUCUUGAUCUUUUCUGUGGGAUCAGUAGGCUCAGAUAGCAUUGAAUUGCAGAAGAUCUCAAAUGACCCUAGUUCCACACUAUCAGUGACAGACUUUACUUACCUCCCCAAUGUACAAGAGCGGCUUCUCUCCAUCAUUAACACUGCACUUAUAGGAGCCACAAGUAUCUCUCCAACAACUAUAGUUGAGGCUCGUGUACCAAGGAGAGAUGUUGUUUUCCUUCUGGAUGGGUCAGAUGGCAAUAGAAAUGGGUUCCCGGCAAUGAUAGACUUUGUUCAACGAGUGGUGGAGAGGUUGAACGUAGGUGAGAACAAAGACCGCGUUUCUGUAGUCCAGUUCAGCAGAGAUGCCGAAAUCCAUUUCUAUCUUGAGACAUACACAACAAAGGAGGACAUCCUUGGCAAAGUCGGAGUUUUGAGGCACAAAGGAGGAAGGCCCCUAAACACAGGGGCAGCUCUACAGUAUGUCAGAGACAACGUAUUUACUGCCUCCUCGGGUAGCAGACGACUGGAGGGUGUACCACAGAUGCUGAUCCUGUUGAGUGCCGGAAGGUCAUUUGACAAUGUCGAUAUCCCAGCUUCGGCGCUGAGGGAUCUGGGAAUCUUGAUUUUUGGAAUAGGCUCAAGGGACUCUGAUAGCAAUGAACUGGAGAGAAUUUCGUUUGACCCCAGUUUUGCUCUGACUGUGUCAGAUUUCACUGAGCUCUCAAAUGUCCAAGAGCAACUUCUGACUUCUAUAGAGGCUGUGGCAGUUCCCAUCACUCCACCCUCCCCACCUUCUCAUGUUGAUUAUGAGCUUCCCAGAAAGGAUGUUGUCUUCCUGCUGGAUGGUUCAGAUGGGACUAGGAAUGGAUUCCCUGCCAUGCUUGACUUUGUACAAAGAGUAGUGGAAAAAUUAAACUUUGAGGACAGCAUGGACCAUGUUUCAGUGGUGCAAUACAGUACAAGUGCUGAGGUGCAUUUCUAUCUGAAUAGCUAUUCAACAAAAGAUGAAAUCCUCAAUGCCAUCAGCACUGUAAAGCACAAAGGCGGGAGACGUGUCAACACAGGGUCUGCUCUCCAAUAUGUGAGAGAAAAUAUCUUCACUGCCUCUGCUGGCAGUAGACAUCAACAGGGUGUGCCCAAUGUUCUCAUUCUGCUCAGGGGAUCCAGGUCAACAGAUAAUGUUGAUCAACCGGCCUCUGCCCUGAAGGAGAGCGGAGUCUUAAUUUUUGCUGUUGGCCCCAGGAAUUUGAGCAGUGAAAUUCAGAGAAUUGCCAAUGGUCCUUCCUAUGCUCAGACUGUUUCUGAGCUCUCUGACCUAGCCAGUGUCCAGCAGCAAUUUUACACCUCUCUCAGCAGUGCACUUCUGGACGUAAUUCCAUUGAUACCUACAGUGAUCGUUGACCAAAGAACUGACCGGCGAGAUGUCGUAUUCCUUCUGGAUGGUUCAGAUGGCACUAGGAAUCAUUUCACAUCAAUGCUUGAUUUCGUUCAAAGCAUGGUGGAGAGAUUAAAUGUGUCAGAGGGGGGAGACCAUGUCUCUGUAGUCCAAUUCAGCAGAGAUCCAGAGGUGCAUUUCUAUCUCAACACAUACACAACAAAGGAGAGCAUUCUCAACACCGUUAGAGGUCUGAGGCACAAAGGAGGGAGACCUCUCAACACAGGAACGGCUCUCCAGUAUGUAAGGGACAGCGUUUUCAGCAUCUCUUCUGGAAGUAGACGUUUACAGGGUGUUCCUCAGGUAUUGAUUUUGUUGAGUGGAGGAAGGUCAUUUGAUAACGUUGACGUGCCAGCCACUUCCCUGAAAGAGCUUGGGGUCUUGAUCUUUUCUGUGGGAUCAGUAGGCUCAGAUAGCAUUGAAUUGCAGAAGAUCUCAAAUGACCCUAGUUCCACACUAUCAGUGACAGACUUUACUUACCUCCCCAAUGUACAAGAGCGGCUUCUCUCCAUCAUUAACACUGCACUUAUAGGAGCCACAAGUAUCUCUCCAACAACUAUAGUUGAGGCUCGUGUACCAAGGAGAGAUGUUGUUUUCCUUCUGGAUGGGUCAGAUGGCAAUAGAAAUGGGUUCCCGGCAAUGAUAGACUUUGUUCAACGAGUGGUGGAGAGGUUGAACGUAGGUGAGAACAAAGACCGCGUUUCUGUAGUCCAGUUCAGCAGAGAUGCCGAAAUCCAUUUCUAUCUUGAGACAUACACAACAAAGGAGGACAUCCUUGGCAAAGUCGGAGUUUUGAGGCACAAAGGAGGAAGGCCCCUAAACACAGGGGCAGCUCUACAGUAUGUCAGAGACAACGUAUUUACUGCCUCCUCGGGUAGCAGACGACUGGAGGGUGUACCACAGAUGCUGAUCCUGUUGAGUGCCGGAAGGUCAUUUGACAAUGUCGAUAUCCCAGCUUCGGCGCUGAGGGAUCUGGGAAUCUUGAUUUUUGGAAUAGGCUCAAGGGACUCUGAUAGCAAUGAACUGGAGAGAAUUUCGUUUGACCCCAGUUUUGCUCUGACUGUGUCAGAUUUCACUGAGCUCUCAAAUGUCCAAGAGCAACUUCUGACUUCUAUAGAGGCUGUGGCAGUUCCCAUCACUCCACCCUCCCCACCUUCUCAUGUUGAUUAUGAGCUUCCCAGAAAGGAUGUUGUCUUCCUGCUGGAUGGUUCAGAUGGGACUAGGAAUGGAUUCCCUGCCAUGCUUGACUUUGUACAAAGAGUAGUGGAAAAAUUAAACUUUGAGGACAGCAUGGACCAUGUUUCAGUGGUGCAAUACAGUACAAGUGCUGAGGUGCAUUUCUAUCUGAAUAGCUAUUCAACAAAAGAUGAAAUCCUCAAUGCCAUCAGCACUGUAAAGCACAAAGGCGGGAGACGUGUCAACACAGGGUCUGCUCUCCAAUAUGUGAGAGAAAAUAUCUUCACUGCCUCUGCUGGCAGUAGACAUCAACAGGGUGUGCCCAAUGUUCUCAUUCUGCUCAGGGGAUCCAGGUCAACAGAUAAUGUUGAUCAACCGGCCUCUGCCCUGAAGGAGAGCGGAGUCUUAAUUUUUGCUGUUGGCCCCAGGAAUUUGAGCAGUGAAAUUCAGAGAAUUGCCAAUGGUCCUUCCUAUGCUCAGACUGUUUCUGAGCUCUCUGACCUAGCCAGUGUCCAGCAGCAAUUUUACACCUCUCUCAGCAGUGCACUUCUGGACGUAAUUCCAUUGAUACCUACAGUGAUCGUUGACCAAAGAACUGACCGGCGAGAUGUCGUAUUCCUUCUGGAUGGUUCAGAUGGCACUAGGAAUCAUUUCACAUCAAUGCUUGAUUUCGUUCAAAGCAUGGUGGAGAGAUUAAAUGUGUCAGAGGGGGGAGACCAUGUCUCUGUAGUCCAAUUCAGCAGAGAUCCAGAGGUGCAUUUCUAUCUCAACACAUACACAACAAAGGAGAGCAUUCUCAACACCGUUAGAGGUCUGAGGCACAAAGGAGGGAGACCUCUCAACACAGGAACGGCUCUCCAGUAUGUAAGGGACAGCGUUUUCAGCAUCUCUUCUGGAAGUAGACGUUUACAGGGUGUUCCUCAGGUAUUGAUUUUGUUGAGUGGAGGAAGGUCAUUUGAUAACGUUGACGUGCCAGCCACUUCCCUGAAAGAGCUUGGGGUCUUGAUCUUUUCUGUGGGAUCAGUAGGCUCAGAUAGCAUUGAAUUGCAGAAGAUCUCAAAUGACCCUAGUUCCACACUAUCAGUGACAGACUUUACUUACCUCCCCAAUGUACAAGAGCGGCUUCUCUCCAUCAUUAACACUGCACUUAUAGGAGCCACAAGUAUCUCUCCAACAACUAUAGUUGAGGCUCGUGUACCAAGGAGAGAUGUUGUUUUCCUUCUGGAUGGGUCAGAUGGCAAUAGAAAUGGGUUCCCGGCAAUGAUAGACUUUGUUCAACGAGUGGUGGAGAGGUUGAACGUAGGUGAGAACAAAGACCGCGUUUCUGUAGUCCAGUUCAGCAGAGAUGCCGAAAUCCAUUUCUAUCUUGAGACAUACACAACAAAGGAGGACAUCCUUGGCAAAGUCGGAGUUUUGAGGCACAAAGGAGGAAGGCCCCUAAACACAGGGGCAGCUCUACAGUAUGUCAGAGACAACGUAUUUACUGCCUCCUCGGGUAGCAGACGACUGGAGGGUGUACCACAGAUGCUGAUCCUGUUGAGUGCCGGAAGGUCAUUUGACAAUGUCGAUAUCCCAGCUUCGGCGCUGAGGGAUCUGGGAAUCUUGAUUUUUGGAAUAGGCUCAAGGGACUCUGAUAGCAAUGAACUGGAGAGAAUUUCGUUUGACCCCAGUUUUGCUCUGACUGUGUCAGAUUUCACUGAGCUCUCAAAUGUCCAAGAGCAACUUCUGACUUCUAUAGAGGCUGUGGCAGUUCCCAUCACUCCACCCUCCCCACCUUCUCAUGUUGAUUAUGAGCUUCCCAGAAAGGAUGUUGUCUUCCUGCUGGAUGGUUCAGAUGGGACUAGGAAUGGAUUCCCUGCCAUGCUUGACUUUGUACAAAGAGUAGUGGAAAAAUUAAACUUUGAGGACAGCAUGGACCAUGUUUCAGUGGUGCAAUACAGUACAAGUGCUGAGGUGCAUUUCUAUCUGAAUAGCUAUUCAACAAAAGAUGAAAUCCUCAAUGCCAUCAGCACUGUAAAGCACAAAGGCGGGAGACGUGUCAACACAGGGUCUGCUCUCCAAUAUGUGAGAGAAAAUAUCUUCACUGCCUCUGCUGGCAGUAGACAUCAACAGGGUGUGCCCAAUGUUCUCAUUCUGCUCAGGGGAUCCAGGUCAACAGAUAAUGUUGAUCAACCGGCCUCUGCCCUGAAAGAGAGCGGAGUCUUAAUUUUUGCUGUUGGCACCAGGAAUUUGAACAGUGAAAUUCAGAGAAUUGCAAAUGGUCCUUCCUAUGCUCAGACUGUUUCUGAGCUCUCUGACCUAGCCAGUGUCCAGCAGCAAUUUUACACCUCUCUCAGCAGUGCACUUCUGGACGUAAUUCCAUUGAUACCUACAGUGAUCGUUGACCAAAGAACUGACCGGCGAGAUGUCGUAUUCCUUCUGGAUGGUUCAGAUGGCACUAGGAAUCAUUUCACAUCAAUGCUUGAUUUCGUUCAAAGCAUGGUGGAGAGAUUAAAUGUGUCAGAGGGGGGAGACCAUGUCUCUGUAGUCCAAUUCAGCAGAGAUCCAGAGGUGCAUUUCUAUCUCAACACAUACACAACAAUGGAGCGCAUUCUCAACACCGUUAGAGGUCUGAGGCACAAAGGAGGGAGACCUCUCAACACAGGAACGGCUCUCCAGUAUGUAAGGGACAGCGUUUUCAGCAUCUCUUCUGGAAGUAGACGUUUACAGGGUGUUCCUCAGGUAUUGAUUUUGUUGAGUGGAGGAAGGUCAUUUGAUAACGUUGACGUGCCAGCCACUUCCCUGAAAGAGCUUGGGGUCUUGAUCUUUUCUGUGGGAUCAGUAGGCUCAGAUAGCAUUGAAUUGCAGAAGAUCUCAAAUGACCCUAGUUCCACACUAUCAGUGACAGACUUUACUUACCUCCCCAAUGUACAAGAGCGGCUUCUCUCCAUCAUUAACACUGCACUUAUAGGAGCCACAAGUAUCUCUCCAACAACUAUAGUUGAGGCUCGUGUACCAAGGAGAGAUGUUGUUUUCCUUCUGGAUGGGUCAGAUGGCAAUAGAAAUGGGUUCCUGGCAAUGAUAGACUUUGUUCAACGAGUGGUGGAGAGGUUGAACGUAGGUGAGAACAAAGACCGCGUUUCUGUAGUCCAGUUCAGCAGAGAUGCCGAAAUCCAUUUCUAUCUUGAGACAUACACAACAAAGGAGGACAUCCUUGGCAAAGUCGGAGUUUUGAGGCACAAAGGAGGAAGGCCCCUAAACACAGGGGCAGCUCUACAGUAUGUCAGAGACAACGUAUUUACUGCCUCCUCGGGUAGCAGACGACUGGAGGGUGUACCACAGAUGCUGAUCCUGUUGAGUGCCGGAAGGUCAUUUGACAAUGUCGAUAUCCCAGCUUCGGCGCUGAGGGAUCUGGGAAUCUUGAUUUUUGGAAUAGGCUCAAGGGACUCUGAUAGCAAUGAACUGGAGAGAAUUUCGUUUGACCCCAGUUUUGCUCUGACUGUGUCAGAUUUCACUGAGCUCUCAAAUGUCCAAGAGCAACUUCUGACUUCUAUAGAGGCUGUGGCAGUUCCCAUCACUCCACCCUCCCCACCUUCUCAUGUUGAUUAUGAGCUUCCCAGAAAGGAUGUGGUCUUCCUGCUGGAUGGUUCAGAUGGGACUAGGAAUGGAUUCCCUGCCAUGCUUGACUUUGUACAAAGAGUAGUGGAAAAAUUAAACUUUGAGGACAGCAUGGACCAUGUUUCAGUGGUGCAAUACAGUACAAGUGCUGAGGUGCAUUUCUAUCUGAAUAGCUAUUCAACAAAAGAUGAAAUCCUCAAUGCCAUCAGCACUGUAAAGCACAAAGGCGGGAGACGUGUCAACACAGGGUCUGCUCUCCAAUAUGUGAGAGAAAAUAUCUUCACUGCCUCUGCUGGCAGUAGACAUCAACAGGGUGUGCCCAAUGUUCUCAUUCUGCUCAGGGGAUCCAGGUCAACAGAUAAUGUUGAUCAACCGGCCUCUGCCCUGAAAGAGAGCGGAGUCUUAAUUUUUGCUGUUGGCACCAGGAAUUUGAACAGUGAAAUUCAGAGAAUUGCAAAUGGUCCCUCCUAUGCUCAGACUGUUUCUGAGCUCUCUGACCUAGCCAGUGUCCAGCAGCAAUUUUACACCUCUCUCAGCAGUGCACUUCUGGAUGUAAUUCCAUUGAUACCUACAGUGAUCGAGUCUCAGGGUCCCAAGAAGGAUAUUAUCUUUGUGAUUGAUGGAUCUGAAGGUGUUGGUAGAGAUUUUCCCAUCAUCCAGGAAUUUGUUCGUGGAGUUGUAGAAAACCUAAAUGUAGGUGAAAACAGAAUUCGAGUAAGUGUAGUGCAGUAUGGAGACACUCCUCAAGUGGAUUUCUAUCUCAAUUCCCACAAGACCAAAGAGGGUCUCUUAAAUGCAAUCAGGGAACUCAGACAGCAUGGAGGUAGAAAGCGUAACCUUGGUAACGCCAUAGAUUUUGUCCGUCUUAAUGUCCUGGAUUCAGUUCGUGGGAGCAGGAAACAGGAGGGUGUCCCACAGUUUCUCAUAGUAAUCUCAGGAGGAAAAUCAACAGAUAAUGUAGGAACAUCAGUAAAUACAAUGAAAGAGUUAGGAAUUGUGCCUUUCAGUAUAGGGACAAGAGACAUUGGCCUUCAAGAGCUGCAGGUGGUCUCCUAUGUGCCCACAUUUACUUACUUAGUGGACGAUUUGCCUGGCCUUCACACUGUCAAAGAUCAAUUCAUCACUACCCUGACGGAGUUGUCUGAUGAACAACUGAAGAUAAUGAAACCUGUUUAUCCCGCAGUACCAGCAAUAUCAACUGGAGAAAAAAAAGACGUGGUCUUCCUCAUUGAUGGAACAACUAUGAUGCAGAGAGAUUUCCCUGCUAUUCAAGACAUGAUUCUGAACAUUGUGGAGAAGUUAGAUGUUGGGUUAAGCAAUGUGAGGAUUUCAGUAGUACAGUACAGUGAAGACCCUAAACUGGAGUUUCUCCUCAAUGAGCACUCAACCAAGGAAGAGGUUCGCCAGUCAGUGAGAAAAAUGAGAAGUAAAGGUGGCAGAAUACUUAAUACUGGCCAAGCACUGAGCUGGGUCUCAAGGAACAUCUACCAGAGAUCAGCUGGCAGCCGAAUUGAAGAGGGCGUGCCCCAGUUUCUCAUCUUAGUGACUGGAGGAAAAUCUAACGAUGAUGUAUCUGGUCCUGCUAACCAGCUGAAGUUGAGUUAUGUGGCUCCCAUGGCUGUUGGGUCAGAUAAUGCUGAUUCUGAGGAGCUGAAACAGAUUUCUUUAAGACCUGAACAGGCACACAUCAUUAGAAACUUCCAACAGAAACCAGGAGUGGAACAGCAACUUUUGGCUACAAUUAACACCAUGACUACUAAAGAUAUCGAAGAAGCUAUACACACUAUGGAUAUAGGACUAAAUCUCGGAAGAAAGGACAUUGUUUUCCUUAUUGAUGGUUCUGAUAGUGUUGGUCCAAAUGGAAUUGCUCACAUCCGUGACUUUAUCUUGAAGAUUGUCCAACAACUCAAUGUGCACCCUGAUCAAGUUCGUGUGUCUGUGGUACAGUAUGCAGAGAGACCUAAGACUGAGUUCUCACUUAGAACCCAUAGCAACAAGAAGGCAGUAAUUUCAUCUAUUAAGAGACUGCGUCAGAUGGGUGGUCGUGGUGGAAACUUAGCUGAGGCUAUUCAGUAUGUGGUUGAUAAUGAACUUAAGGAAUCUGCAGGAGCUCGGCUGGACGAGGCCUCUCAGCAUUUGGUGGUACUCACAGGUGGAAAGUCUACCUCUGAUGUCUCUCGUUAUGGAUCAGUUCUCAAAAAAUCUCAGGUGAAGUGUAUAGGAAUUGGUGCUGGGACAGCAGAUUCAAGGCAACUCAGAGAGAUUGCAACCACACCAGAUGAUGUUUUCCAAGUGUCAACUUUCCCAGCACUGCCAAAUAUAGAGAACCAAUUUAUUGCGAGACUCAGUGGAACAGUGGUGAUUACAACCACUGUGCCCCCCACACCUUCUGGUCCAAAGGAUAAAGUUGCCGACAUUGUUUUUUUGGUUGACGGUUCAAUAAACCUUGGGAAGAGUAAUUUCCUAGUGACCAUGGAGUUUAUCAGAGAGCUUAUUGACCUCUUUGUCACAGAGAGUGAUGACCUUCAGAUUGGUCUGGCACACUAUGCCACAGAUGUGACAGAUGUUUUCUACUUUAAUACAUAUAACAACAAGGAUGACAUUUUGGAGGCUAUCAGCAGAACUGAGUACAAGGGUGGCUGGAAAAUUAAUACAGGCAAUGCCAUUAGGCAUAUUCAGCAAACACACUUUGUGAAGGAGAAAGGUAGUCGGAAGGAUGAGGGAGUCCCUCAGAUCCUGAUGUUGGUGACGGGUGGACGUUCACAAGAUGAUGGUAAAUCGGCAGCACUGGCCCUUAAAAAUGCAGGUGUACGUAUCUAUGCCAUUGGUGUGGGUGACCUUGAGAAUGAGCUCAAUGAUUUGGGCAGUGAAACCACCACUGUGGCCCGGGCCAGUACCUUCCAAGAGCUUUCUGAGCUGAAUGAGCGGAUUUUAGACACACUUGUAGAUGAUGUCAUGGGAAAACUCUGUACAGGAGAUAAAACUGCAAUAAAGGCGUGCAACUUGGACGUUCUUGUGGGCUUCGAUGUGUCUGCUCAGAACAUCUUUGCGGCUCAGAGAUCAUUGGAGUCCAAGAUGGCUGCCAUUUUGCAGCGAAUUACCCAAAUGCAGGCCAUUAGCUGCUCUUCUGGUCAAGUUCCAUCAGUACAGGUGGGAAUAUCAGCAUUGGACUCUGCACUGGAGCCUGUUCAUCUGGACUUUACUGAUAGCUACACCAAGCUCAUUGAGUCCUUCAGGACUCUGCACAGCCGUGGACCCUUCAUCUUGAAUGGAAAAACUAUUGAUGCAUAUAGUGCAAGGUUCAAGGACCGUCCUUCAGACAGAGUUAAGGUUGUAAUUCACCUCACGGAUGGAUUGGAUGCCCAAUAUAAUGUAAUGAAAGAGCGAGUAGAGCAGAUGCGGAUUAUGGGAGUCAAUGCUUUCAUCUUGGUUGCCCUGGAGAGGGUACCACUCUUUGAGAAUGCAGUGUUACUGGAAUUUGGACGGGGUUUUAGGUCCAAACCUCUGCGUGUGAAUGUGAUGGACUUGGACUAUGAACUGCUGGAGGAAUUGGACAAUAUUGCCGAAAUGGAGUGCUGCUCAGUCCCAUGCAAAUGCACUGGCCAGAGAGGCUACAGAGGAGCUGUUGGUCUUACAGGAACAAAGGGAUUACCCGGAAGCCAGGGCUACAGAGGACAUCCUGGUGAUGAAGGUGGACCGGGAGAAAGAGGUCCUCCAGGUGUGAAUGGAACUCAAGGUUUUCAAGGAUGCCCAGGCCCAAGAGGCACAAAGGGUGCACAUGGAUACAAUGGUGAAAAGGGAGAACUUGGAGAGAUUGGUUUAGAUGGCAUCAAUGGGGAAGAGGGCACAGGUGGAGUUGUUGGACCACCAGGUGACAGGGGCAAUCCUGGGCAAAGGGGUCCUAAAGGUGCCAAAGGUCAGGCAGGAGAUAUCGGCCAGAUUGGCAUCCGUGGAGAUCCAGGCAUUACAGGAAAGGACAAUAACCAAAGAGGACCAAAAGGAGAUCCAGGCGAUGCUGGGCCACCGGGUGAGCCUGGAGAAGACGGUAGGAAAGGAGGUGCAGGAGAAACAGGGAGACGGGGCACCGAUGGUAGAAGAGGUCCACCUGGACAAGCUGGUCCUGCUGGAAAGCCUGGUGCAGAUGGUGUUGCAGGGGAGCUUGGAAUUGGAGGGCCAAGAGGUCCCAGCGGACCAGGCGGAACACCAGGAGCCAGAGGAGAGGAUGGUAAUCCAGGACCGAGGGGCCCUGGAGGAGCCCAAGGACCACCUGGGGAAAAGGGCCGACGAGGUGUUGUUGGUCGGAAGGGUGAACCUGGAGACCCAGGACCUAAAGGUUCUACAGGACCACUUGGACCCCGAGGAGAACCGGGAGAUGAUGGGCGAGAUGGCUUUGGAAUAUCUGGUCCUAAGGGAAGAAAGGGUGAUGAAGGUUUCCCUGGAUAUCCGGGUUCAAAGGGGGCAGCUGGUGAGCCUGGAACCAACGGAGGAGUUGGACCCAAAGGAAACAGUGGCCAGAGAGGUGUUGCAGGUGGUGUUGGUGAGAUUGGACAGAAGGGAGAGGUUGGCUAUCCUGGGCCUUAUGGCCCAAAGGGACCCAGAGGGCCAGGCGAAUCAUCUUGUGCUUUGGUCAAGAAAAUCAGAGAUAACUGCCCAUGCUGCUAUGGAGCUCAAGAAUGUCCCUUGUAUCCCACCGAGCUGGCCUUUGCCUUGGAUGUAUCGACUGGUGUAUCAAAGAAUAAUUUUGACCGUAUGAAGGACAUUAUACUCCGUCUGUUGAAUAACAUUACCAUCACUGAGAGCAACUGUCCACGAGGAGCUCGAGUGGCCCUGACACUCUACAACAGUGAGAUAACCACUGACAUACGCUUUUCUGAUGCCUUGAAAAAACGUGCAUUGUUGGAACGGGUGCAAGGCUUGCAGACUCUGAGGACAAAUAAGAAGCGCAACUUGGAAACAGCCAUGAACUUUUUGGCCCAAAACACCUUUAAGAGGGUGCGCAGUGGUUUCUUGGUGCGCAAGGUGGCUGUAUUCUUUGUGAAUGACCCGGUGGACCUCACAACAGAGUUCACAAAUGCUGCUUUGCGACUCUACGAUGCUGGAAUCACCACUGUCGUCCUCAUGCCUCGUCCGCCAAAAAAAUUCUUGCAGGUAAAUAACACCAUAUUAGCCUAUUUCACGGACCUACCCUCUCCAGGCAGUGAAAAUUACAACACAAUAAUUAAGGAGAUAAUUGACUGCCACAUCUGCCUAGACAUCUGCACUCCCAAUCAGCUGUGUGAUUUUAAGCCUUCCCCAAGCACUAGGGAAAGAAGGGCCUCGCCCACGGACUUAGAUGUUGAUAUGGCUUUCAUUAUUGAUAGCUCUGAAAGCACUUGGCCGACUGUCUUUACAGAAAUGAAACGGUAUAUUGCUCACAUGGUGAAUCAGCUGGAGAUAUCAAUGGAACCAGCCACAAGUGCCCAUCAUGCUAGAGUUGCAUUGGUUCAGCAUUGCCCAUAUGAAUAUUUGUACAAUGAUAGCAGUAUUCCUUUUAGCAUGGCAUUUGGCCUGACAGACCACAAGUCAGUUCAUGAUAUCCAGAGCUUCUUACUGGACAAGGUGCACCAACUUGAAGGAGGCCGUGCUCUGGCAGCGGCUCUGGAGAGUACAGCAGAGCAUGUGUUUGAGAAAGCACCACAUCCACGCCAGCUGAAGGUGCUCAUUCUGCUUGUGACUGGACCAGUGGAAGAGAAUGAGGAGAAGUUGCUGAAGGCUGCCAUUGAUGUCAAAUGCAAAGGUUAUUUCAUUGUGGUGAUAGGAGUGGGUAAGCAGUUCAGUGCUGGUGAUGCUCGUAUCCUGGCCCAGGUGGCUAGUGAACCUUCCGAUGUAUUCUACAAGAGUGUAGAUGGACCACUAAGCUUCUAUGAUGACCACCUUCAGAGGUUUGCCCAACUACUACCCAAGUACCUUAGUUUGAAGAAUGCCUUCUACAUGUCUGCUGAAGUCUCAAAGCACUGCCAGUGGUACCAAAGUGACCAACCAGACAGGUCGCAAAACACUUACAAGAACAACAAUAAACAUAAUGAGCAGGAACAGAAGGAAGAUAAGGAACAAAAGCUUAAAGAAGUAAAUGCUGAGGACCCACAUCUAGUCAAUGUUACCUCCAAUAGUUUCACUUUGUUGUGGGUCAAUGAUGAUCCAAAAGCACACCAUGAAGUUACAGUGACCCACCUAAAAGAUCAUCGUGUAAUACUGCAGAGGAACGUGACCGGUUCCCAUCUUACACUCCAGGACCUGGAACCCAGUCAAACCUAUCAUGUUGUAGUCAUUGGCCACAGUCUUAAACAAAAGCUUACCAACACCUACAAAGGCAUAAUUACGACAAAAGCAGAGGAGCCUGCGUUUGUUGCCAAAGGGGAAGUGACAGGGGUAGUGGCAACGGCACCACUGAGUAAGCCAGAAACUGUUAAUGAGUUUGCAGACCCAUGCUCACUUGACUUUGACACUGGACUACCAUGCAAAGACUAUGAGGCUAAGUGGUACUUUGACAAAAAGAAUGGAUUCUGUGCCCAGUUCUGGUAUGGAGGUUGUGGAGGCAAUGAAAAUAUGUUUGAGACUGAGGCACAAUGCCUUAAACACUGCAUCAAAACAGUGGACCAUCAGCCACAGCAGAAUGUGGACAAGAUCAAAUCAGAGGACCCUCCAGCUCCAGCUGCACAGCUUUCAGUGGUGGACAUCUGUAAACUUCCCAAAGAAGAAGGCGCCUGCGCUAAGUUUGUACUUAAAUGGCAUUAUGACCCUGUCAACAAUAGCUGUACACGAUUCUGGUAUGGAGGCUGCGGUGGCAACCUGAAUCGUUUUGACACACAAAAGGAGUGUGAAAAAGCAUGUGGAAAAGCAGCUGCUGUUAAGCAGGCACCUGUCAUUGCUGCAGUGAGAACAUAAAGGGACACUGAUGAUUCAAGGUUCACCUCUAAGGAAAAAUUAUGAAAACCAAGUUGCCUUCACUGGAAUCUGCCAGAGGAAACCUUUAACAUUGACAGUUUGUCAUUUAACAAAUGAAAAUUUGUCAUUUUCUUUUCUUUUUAAAAAAAAAAAAAAAAAAAAAAGCCAAACAGGUUGUUGCAUGAUAUUUUUGUACUGGUGCUAGAUGGUUAUUUGUUUGUUCAUUUGUUGUCCAUUUCCCCCAGAAAUAUCUAAAAACAAUGUCUAAAUAGCUAAAUUCCAGGACAAAAGAUGUUUGUUAUUGCUGUUUUUUUCCUUCACAUGUAUGAACUGCUUGAUAAAAGCUUAUCAUUAUAUCUUUUGUGGGUUAUAGGGAUCACGUUGUUGUUGUUGUUGUUGUUCUUGUUGUUGUUUGCCUAGUUUUUAGUCAUUAAUGUAUGUUUAACUCACAAAGGCACUCUCAAGUGCCCUCAUUAUGCUUUCACUGCUUGUUUGCACAAAGCUUCUUUUUCAUUCUCUGAUCAGAUGUUGGAACCACACUCAUUCAUAAAAGAUCAAAAUGUUCUCAUUAAAAGAAUCCAAUCCUGAAUAUUAUGAUUUAUACAUUGAACUGAAUUUGGCAGUCUCAAAAACUAAAUCAUCAUUAGAUCAUCAUAUCUAACUAUAAGGUCACCACUGUUAAAUACUUUAAAUACUUUUAAAUACUGGAACAGAUGUGCAAAAAAAGAGUAAACUGAUUAAGUGUGCUUGUCAAUCAAGACUUAUUUUUGAUGUGUGUGCGUGUGUGUGUGUGCGCGUGCGUGUGUAUGUGCGUGUGUGUGCGUGUGCGUGCGUGUGUUGACAAGGUACAGGUUUUUUCACUUUUGUGUUUCAUAAAGAAAUCAGAAGACAUUAAUAAAUUAGUCCUUAUAUUAUA